AUUUGUUAUACCCAUCACAGGUGGCUACAGCUAGAACUCUAACACCACACACUAAGAAUUCUUUGCCAUGUCAGACUACAUAUGGUUCGAAGGAAUACCCUUCCCUGCCAUCGGAACUGAAACAGAAAUCUUGAGAGAGAUUCGUGAUAAGUUCGUGAUAAGGGAUGAAGACACGCUCCUUUUGACUUAUCCCAAAUCAGGAACAAACUGGUUGAUUGAGAUUGUCUGCUUGAUUCAAACCAAGGGGGAUCCGAAGUGGGUUCAGUCUGUGCCUAUCUGGGAGCGCUCACCUUGGAUAGAAAGUAGUGUUGGAUAUUCGCUUUUAAACAAAAAGGAAGACCAAUGCCUCAUGAGCUCCCACCUCCCCAUCCAUCUUUUCCCCAAGUCUCUCUUCAGUUCCAAGGCCAAGGUGAUUUAUCUCAUCAGAAAUCCCAGAGAUGUUCUUGUGUCCGGUUAUUUUUUCUGGGGUAAGACAAACCUGGUUAAGAAUCCAGAAUCGUUGGAAAUAUAUUUUGAAUGGUUCCUCAAUGGAAAAGUGCCAUAUGGAUCCUGGUUUGAACACACCCGUGGCUGGAUGUCCAUGAGAGAAAAGGACAACAUUCUACUACUGAGCUAUGAGGAGCUGAAAAAGGACACACGAGGAACCAUACAGAAGAUCUGCCAGUUCCUGGGAAAGAAGUUAGAACCAGAAGAGCUGGAUUUAGUCCUCAAGCACAGCUCCUUCCAAGCCAUGAAAGAAAACAACAUGUCCAAUUUUGAAAUAAUCCCUGAAGACAAGAUUUCCAACGGUUUACAUCUUAUGAGAAAGGGUCAGUCUGGAGACUGGAAGAAUCACCUCACUGUAGUUCAGGCUGAAGCCUUUGAUAAAAUGUUCCAGGAGAAGAUGAAAGGUUUCCCUCCAGAGCUCUUCCCAUGGGAAUAAGGUUUUCAAACUUCCAAAUCUGAUAUGAAUGCCGAUACUGCUUUUCCCGUCCUUGUAUGUGCAUCACUGGAUAUGGCAUUGGAAUAAACCCUGUUAUUGAACCUUGGA